AUGCAGUCCAAGCUUAUAGGGACCUGGCUACUCUCAACUUCAGUCGGAGUGUUUGGCCUAAUCACACUUGGAGGCUACACUCGCUUAAAAAGAGCAGGCCUCUCUAUGGUCGACUGGAAGCCUUUAAAUGUAAGAUAUCCUCAAACUCAAGAAGAAUGGGCUAUGGAGUUCAAGCGCUAUCAAGAAUUUCCAGAAUAUAAAUCCUCUAAUUGCGAUAUAUAAGAUAUUGGCUAUUUUUUUUAAAUUUAUUUUAAAAUAAUAUUUAAAUAAUUUUUAUAUUACAGACGCUAAAAAAACACUUAAAAUAUUAUAGAAGAAUUUAAAGAAAUUUAUUUUAUUGAAUAUGCUCAUAGAGUUCUGGCAAGAUCGAUGGGAUUAUAUUUAGCUGUACCAAUGGGAAUUUUCUGGUGGGGUGGACGCUUUACACCUGCAUUUAAGCCCAAAAUGCUUGCACUGUUAGGAUUUUUUGGAUUCCAAGGAGUAUUAGGAUGGUGAAUGGUAAAAAGCGGCCUUGAGGAUAAAGAUUAUGAGCACCGCGUAAAGGUUGAGCCUGUAAGACUUAUAAAGAUUUACAGUGGUUUGCCUAUAUAACUCCAAGUCAUUUUUCUACUGGAAAAUUCAAAGAAAACCGUAUACUACUCAUUUAGGAUUUGGGGCAGGUCUUUUUGCAUAUAUUUCAUAUUUAGGGUUUUCAUGUUUUAGAAAGUCCCCUGAAGAAGUAUUUAACACAGCAGAAAAACUUAAAUCUGCAUUAAAAAUCAGAACAUGGCUAAUAGGCUCCCUUUGGAUGACAGGUAUUACAAUAAUAGCAGGAGCCUUAGUAGCUGGCAGUGAUGCUGGCAGAGUUUUAAAUAAUUAUCCUUGGUAUGGCGACGACUGGGUAUACCCAAAAGAUUUGUUAGAAAAACAGCCAUGGUAUACAAAUUUUUAUGAAAAUAGGUCUAUGAUACAGUUCGUGCAUAGAAAUCUUGCAUAUUUGACCUAUGCAAAGAUAUUUUUAACAUGGAGAACUGCUAGACUUUUACCUUUGUUGCCUCCGUCGGUGAGAUUCGGAAUUAAUGGGGUUUUCUUGCUGUCAAAUCUCCAAGCACUUUUAGGAAUUACCACAUUAAUGAGAGGAUGUCCGCUACCAGAAUCUUUAUCCCACCAAGGAAAUGCACUACUUUUGAUGGCAAUGAUUCUUUUUAGCUUAAGCGGAGUAAGGAAGCCACCUCAAGAAUUAAUAACUAAAUUAUUAAAACCAGCUUAA